GGUUUCUCCAUCUGCCCUGCUGCUCUCUCUGCUCUCUCUCUGCUCUCUCUCUGCUCGGUGACCGACCGGUUCAUCCUCCGGUCUGUCUGCUCUCCGGUUGUCUUCACACCGGAAAAGAAACUGAGCUUCUAAUGUGACAAAGAAGAAGAAGAAGAAGAAGAAGAAAAGGCGGUAAAUCAUCACCAUGGAAGAGCUGUUCGGUCUAUAUAUAGGCUGUGCCCUGGACUGCACCACCUCCUCCACCUGCCCUCCCGGUACCGGUCAAUGAGAGCCAGCAACAGCAAAUCCUCCCUCGUUUUCUCUCUCUCCACUUCCUCCUCUACCUCGAUCUUUCUUUCUUUUCUCUACCAUGUUCUCCUCACUUCCAUAUGUUAAAAGACACAGUCGUCUUAUUUUAGCACCGCUGCCUUCCUCCUCUUCCUCCUCUUCCUUCUCUCUUGCCCUCCUCUCUUCUGAGUUUUGACUCCCUCUCUUUUUACAAACACACACCGGAAAAUGAAGCGUGGGUCGAGUGUGUUGCAGCCUCCCUCUGAUGCAGCCAAACGACACACACACCCGGCAAACACACACACAGCCAGCGAUGACGCUCGCUCGCUGAGCAUCCCCGACACACGUGCUGCCGAACGCACACCGGACGCCACGGGUUCGAGUCCCUUCCCAGCAGCCACCUCUCUCUUCAGCCCUGAUGUCAGCACCAAGAUGGCGUCCGACCUCCUCAUCAGGCUGUCAGAGGCGACCCAGAAGGCCCAGAUGCAUCCUGGGAGGCAGGCGGAGGCGGAGCCUCAGAGGCGUGAGUCCCUGCCGGAGGUGCGCGGAGGGCAGCAGGACGAGCCCGGCCUCGCCCUGUCACCGGACGGCCCCGGGGCGAGUCCUGAGCCGCCGUCACUCUCACACACACCUGAUGGCAACGCUGCCACGGACACGCUGGCUUCAGACCUGCUGAGGAAACUGGCAGAGCGCCAGGAAGUGAGCAGCCACGUGGUGAGAGUCAAAGAAGAAGAAGAGCCGAUGGAAGUCGACGCAUUGAACGCCUCCGACCUCGUCCGCGAUCGACCAAUCCCAAAAGAGAUAACCCCACCUUCCCAGAAGAUGGCGAGCCACCGUCUCUUCAGCAUUAAAACAGAAGCCCAGAGUGGCAGCAAGGCGGCUGAGCAGCUGCACCCUGCAGCCAAAAUGGCCGACCACUGUCUCCACGGCCUUAAAAUAGAAGACAACUUUUAUUCUGGAGGCCGCCAGCUGGGUUCCAAGAUGGCAGACGGCGUUGUCUCCGGAGCCAACACGUUCCAGUUCAGAGUGAAAAUGGAGGAUCAUGGCGUCUCUGGAACCAAGAUGGCGGACCAGCUUCUCUCUGGAACCAAGAUGGUGGACCAGCUCCUCUCUGGAACCAAGAUGGCGGACCAGCUUCUAUCUGGAACCAAGAUGGCAGACCAGCUUCUAUCUGGAACCAAGAUGGCGGACCAGCUUCUAUCUGGAGCCAAGAUGGAGGACCAGCUUCUCUUUAAAGCUAAAAUUGCAGAGCGACCUUUCUCGGCCGCCAAGAUGAGCAACAAGUUCCUCUCCGGAGUCAAGAUGGAGGAGCAGUUCCCUUCAGGAGCCAAGAUGGAGAACCAGCUUCUCUUUGGAACCAAAAUGGAGAACCGGCUUCUUCCCGGAGCCAAGAUGGUGGACCACGUUCUCUCAGGACCGAAGGCGGAGGAGCAGCUCUUCUUUGGAGCCAAGAUGGAAGACCCGUUCACCUCCGGAGCCAAGAUGGCCGACCAGUGCCUCCGAGCCGUGCUGUGGCAGGACAUGUCAGUGAACCUGGCGUCCACGCUGCUGCACCAGCUCUCAGAGAGAGUCAGUAAAUCCAACAGGACGACACCACCCAUCAGAAGCAGUCCCGUGUUGAAGGUGAAUGUGGACCCGCUCCGCUCCUCCCCUCUUUUCAGCUCCCAGGACCCUCCACAUGAAACCAAAUCCAGCCUCAGCAGAGAUCCGACCACAGGUUGCUCUUACUUCUACAGGUGUCACGUGUGUGGCUUCGAGACGGACGGGCGCGUCCUUUUCCAGAGUCACAUGGCAGAGCACCGCCAAUGGGAGCACGGCUCCUUCUCGCUGCACUGCUGCGUGUGCGACCACUCGACCAAUCAGGAGGCGGAGAUGAGGGCUCACGCCAACACGCACAUACAGGGGAACACAGGAGCCGGUGGAGAGAUGAGAUGCCCCGUCACCUCUCCCACGGUCGCCGCCUCCUGCAGCGCUCCGUCAGUUGCCAUGGCGACCCAGCCGGAGAAUAGCACCUCUGAGCAUCGCUGCCGCAUCUGCCAGAGGUCGUUUCCAGGGCAACAGGAGCUGCUGGUUCACUUCCAGGGUCAUCGCCAAGGCAACCAGUACCGGUGCGACCGGUGCGGCCACCUGACGCGGACAGCCAACAAGCUGGUGGAGCACGUGCGCGUGCACACGGGGGAGCGCCCGUUCACCUGCGACCUUUGCCCGUACAGCGCCAAGCGGCGGGACAGUCUGCGCCUCCACUGCAAGGUCAAACACCCCGGCGACGUGCACACACACCGGUCGUACGUGCACGGAGACAAUCAGCGCUCAAACAAACACGUUCAGCGGCUGCACACACCGCCGAACGCUCACACUGCUGCUCCCUCCUCCUCCUCCUUCUACUCUCUUCCUCCUCUUCAUCCCUCGCUCUCUGACCGGGCAGGAUGGAGGGAUUUAUCUCCUCUCCUCCCCAUCACCACGCUCAUUUCUCUGAAACCACGCUCUCCUUCCUCUUCCUCCUCCUCCUUCUCCUCCUCCUCUUCCUCCUCCUCCUCUUCUUCCCUCUCCUCCUCCUCCUCCCCCCUCCUCCUCCUCCGUAUCUUCCUCCUCAUCUUCCUCCACCAAACACUCCUUCCUCGGUUACCUUGGUCUGAAGACUUUUUUGUAAAUGCUUUUUUUCUCCUCCUCUCCUCUCCUCUGCUCUCUUCUCCUCUCCUCUCCUCUCUUCUCCUUGUCCUCCUCCCCUCUACUCCUCUUCUUCUUCUCUCCGCUCCUCGUCUUUCCUUUUCUCUCCUUCUACUCAGGGAGGAGCAGGACUUCAUGGAAAACGAAACUUAG